UUUCUGGAACAUGUCUGGAACUCCUAUUUGCGUUGAUUUUCGUUAUACGUAGCUUAUAAGAAAAAAAAAGAAUUUAAACACUUAUUAACAUAUGGGCUAAUAAAACGAGAUUCGUAGUUUUGUUUAUUGUAAUGAAAAUUGAGUUAUAUUGCUAAAGUUUUUUUCUAAUAUUUGGAGGAUACUAAUGGUAAUAUAGCAGAAUGUUUUAACUGAUACCUAAUGAAGUUGCAUAGAAUGUAAUCACAGUGAUUUACAUGUUUUUACUUAUUAGUUUGCAGCAACGAUAAAGGAUGGCUUGUAUUGAAAAUAUACCACCGGCUAAUGCUGAUUCAGAAAUGGAAGAGGGUGAAAUCGUUGAUGAUUUAGAUGACCUUUCUGAUAUAUCGUCUGAGGAAGAAUUUUUGCUUCGUCAGAGGUUACAAGUUCUAGAAAAUUAUAACAAUGUUCUUGAAAGAAAGAAAGCCAAGACUUCUUUUAGUGAACCUGGUGCAUGUAGAAUUACAGAUACUGUGUCACAUGAUUUAUCUGAUAUUUCUGAUAAAGAAGAUGAAUACCCUAGAUUUUUAGUUGAAAAUAAAAAUUAUAAACAGGAACAUGUAAGUAUUCAUCGUAAACAUAAAAAAAGAAAAGAAUCAACCAUAUCUAAUGUUGGAAAAAAUAAAGAGCAUAAGAAAAAGUCACAUCGUACUAAGAAAAGAUCUGUGGCAAAAAAUAUAAGUGAAUCAAGUGAAGAAUCUGAGGAUGAAUACAGAAACAAAAGGCGUAAAUUAGCUAAUGCAGUCUCAGUCACUAAAGACAAAAAUGACAUUUCUUCAUUAAAAGAUAGAUUAGAGAAAAUGUUGUGUGGUAAUCAAAACUAUGAGCCAAUUAAAGAAGGAAUUGAAGAAAACAUAAUUUUUGAUAUCACAAAGUCUUUGGAUUGGUCUCUUAAUGCAUCUGGUAAUUCCAAUAACAAUGACCUUUCCAAUAAGAACAUUGAUGAAAAACACAUUUCUAUUGAUGUUUUAGACUCUAAAGUAAAUGAUAUAAUUGAUUUAUGUAAAGAUGAUACAACAUUUUCAAGCAAUAUAACUGGAAAUGAUUGUGUUGAUUCUGUAUUUGUAGAGAAAAACAAUAUAGAGACAAAAAAGGAUGCAACCACAGAUUCUGAUGAAGAUUUAGAAUUAUUGAGACAACAUGCUCUAAAGACUAAAGUUACUAAAUUAAAAACAGAACAACCAAAUCUAGAUGUUGAAGUGUCUCAAAAGAAACCUCAAAAUAUUUCAGAAGAUGAAGAUAGUGAUACAGCUGAAUUAAGAAUUAUUUGUCUCAAAUCAGCCCUUUUGAAGAAGGCUAUUGAAGCAAAGCAAAAACAAAGGCUAAGAAAAAGAUUAUCGCAAUCUUUUCCAGAUGAAUUCCAAAUUCAAGACAGUAAUAUAUGCAAUGAAGUUGAAGCUGAUAAUAAUACUGAUAUAGAAUCUGUUGAUAUGGAUAUAGGGUCAGAUGGUGAUGACAAACUUAAAGAUUUAUCCAAUAAUUAUGGUAUAAUUGAAGAAACAAAACGAGAAGUAGUAUCCGAAAAAGAGAACAAUGCUCUAUCUGACAUUCCAAUGGCGAAAAAAUCUAAAGAGGAUGAAAUGGAUGAAGAUGAGGAUUUACUGCGUGCCAAAUUGUUAACUUCUCUGAGUAAAAAUUUACCUAAUCUAAUACAUCCUAAUAUAAUAAAUAAUAUCGAUGAUGUCAAAUCCAAAACAGAACUAUUAAAUAGUAAAACGAGUACAGCACCAGAAGAAAAACCAUUUAUUAUUAAAUUAGGUGAAUCAGAUUCUGAAGGUGAACAUGAGGCGACAAAAAAUUUGACUAAAAUGCAUAUGAAAUUAUCAGAACAAGUUGAUUUUCAACAAAAACUAGAUUUAUUUUUAAAGUCAACACGUAUGGAAGUAGAAAAGAAAACUUUACCUGAUGUUAUCCAAAGACCACUUGAACAACCGAAGUCUACUCCAAAGUUUGUAGCUAAGGCUGUAAAACAUUUACCUAAAUCUGAACAAAUUGAAUACAAAAAUUUAGUGAAAAGGAUGGCUGAAUUAGAAAAAAUAAAACAAGCAAGACAGACCUCUAUGAAUUUAAAUAAAAUGCCUGUACAAGCAAAAGAUACUUUGAAACCGCGUAAUGUAACCAUAGACACUAUAAAAAAUAAUGCAAUUGAGAACUUAGAAGAGCAAAUUGCUUCAUCACGAAAAGUGAUUGCUGAGGAGUCCUCAAAAAUGUUAAAACUGAAAGAAGAGGCAACUAAAUUAACUCAAAAAUAUAAAAUAGUUGAGACUGAAUUAAGAAACAUAUCAACUGCUAUUACAUUUAAUAAAAAGCAACAAAAGGCAAUACAAAACAAAUUAUCAACAAUUAGACUGCAACAUCAAAUGCUUUUGAAAAGAUCAUCUUCUCUUAAACAUUCCAAAAUAAACAUGCCAAAUGUAAAUAAAAAUAAUAUUAAAAGUAUGUCAAAUGUAAAAUUACAAAAAGAAAAUAAUCCAAGAAAAGAAGAAUAUAAGAAUCCUCAACUUUUAAAAGCAGUAAAAGUUAGUGUCCAUAAUGAUUUGAAAGAGGAUAACACAACAAAUGCAAUGUUGUCCGUUCAGAUUGACGUUAGUAAUAAUAAGAAAGUUGUAAAAAUGCCAAAAUGCACUAUGAAAGAAAGGACAGUUGAUAUUAAUAAUGCUGAAAAACCAAGUGAACUGAAUGGACUAGAAAAAAAUGAUACCCUUCAUCCUGAGGUGGAAAAAGGUGGUGGGAUGGAUAUAACAGUUCAAGACACCACUAUUGAAAAGUCUAUUAUUGAUGAUUAUAAAUCACCAUUAGAGUCAUUACAUGGAGGAACCUGGGCGGAGGAUCCCAAUAGUUUUCUCUGCCCGUUCGAAGUUGGCGGCAUCUGCAAGGACCCCGAUUGCAAAUACUUACACCCGAAAAUCCCUUCUGCUCAAUGACAUUCACGUUCAUACACAAAACAGCCAUAAACACCACAUCCAUACAUAUAUCUAAACAUGUCACACAAAAUACUGUUCACCCCUCUCUUGGACCUGUUGAGGAAUCGACAAUUAUAUGUAAAGUAUAUGACACACAUUUUUUACAUCAUUUGUCGUAAUUCUUUAUUUUUGUGUACACAUUAAUUUGUAUUUAUAGAGAAUCUUCGUAUCACAUUUGUUAUAUAAUAAUCUGAUAAGUUUUAUAUAAAGUGACCUAACCCCUUUGGUUCCACGUCGGCCAUAGAAUAUGAAUGUGAUAUUAGAUAAUUAUUUUAUUAAUCUUGCAUGGCUCUUACUUAUCGGCUAUUUUAUUAUAAUUGGUUUUAAAACGUGAUAUACUUCUUAUUAUUCUACUUUUUUUGUUAGUUUUGUUUUAUAAGUUUACGUACCUUUAAAUAAUAGGCUAUUUAUUGCGAGUCCCAGACUGCAGUAGCGAAGUUUAAUAUCGUAUCGAUAUGCAAUUUUAGUUGGAGAUCCAAAGGCGGGACCUGACGGCACCGGCAUUGGUAAGUUGCGAGUAACUUUAUUAGUGAGUAUGUGUAGUGUUCCCGUGGAUUUUGUUUGGAUAUCACGCGUUCCUAUUCCAACUACGGCACUAAAUGGUUAAUGAUUGUAUAAAAAAACAUAUUUUAUAUCUUCAAGUUUUAAAAUUGUACACACUGUAAAUUUUUUAAAAUAAAGACUUUAAGUUAUUGU